ACUCACAGAGACAGAGAGAGCGCUGAGAGAGACACAGACGCUCUGUUGACCAGCUGCAGGCAGAUUACAGCUGGACUACACACACACAACCAAGUUAGUUUGUUCUCUAGCUCUCUGUGUUGGGGACAGCUCUUCACAGAGCCAGAGAGUCCUUUGAGGAGCAUUUAGGGAUUUUUGUGGUCAUUGCAUUGGAUUAAACCGGACAUGAGGAGCAUGUUAACAGACAUCGUGGACUCGUUUUUUUUUUUUUCAUGGUACUAGGUCUGAUCCCUGAGGAACACCACCUGGACAGAAACAGCUGACUUGACCAGAGUGGACCUGCGCAGCAGCAGGGUUUUUCUUUUCUUCUGGGGGUGAUUACAAUCAAGACUUAGUGUGCCUUGUCUUAAAGGAGAACACUUCUUGAUUGCUUGUCUGGACAUUACUAGUGGAGAGGGCUUGCUUCAUCCCUGAUAAAAGGAGCACCAGAACAUUUUCCUCUGAGACUGAGUAAGUGUGAGUGGGACGGAGUGUGUUCUGAGGGAUGCCUCUGGAUGUGGUGAUUGCCCCAGCGGAGGACUGUUUCUGGCCGGACCUGCACGACACAGACAUGAGGCUGAAGAUCAGGGUCCGCCGAAUGAAGGAGGGGAGAGAGCUACGAGGAGGCUUUGCUGCUUUCUCCUCCUGCUUCCCUGGCCUGUGUGAAGGGAAACCUGCCACUGCUCUGCCUAUGAGCUUGUCCCAGCCCUGCUUGCCUGUGGCUAAUGUAGGGCCUACUCGCAUCCUGCCACACCUGUACCUGGGCUCACAGAAGGAUGUCCUCAACAAGGACCUGAUGGCUCAGAAUGGUAUCACUUAUGUGCUGAAUGCUAGCAACACCUGUCCCAAGCCAGACUUCAUCAGUGAGAGCCACUUCAUGCGAAUUCCAGUUAAUGACAACUACUGCGAGAAACUGCUGCCCUGGCUGGACAAAACUAAUGAAUUCAUUGACAAAGCUAAGGUGUCAAACUGCAGAGUCAUUGUGCACUGCCUGGCUGGAAUCUCGCGUUCAGCAACCAUCGCCAUCGCAUACAUCAUGAAGACAAUGGGCUUGUCAUCGGAUGAUGCCUACAGGUUUGUUAAAGAUCGAAGACCGUCCAUAUCCCCUAACUUCAACUUCCUGGGUCAGCUUCUGGAGUUUGAGAAGGGUCUGAGAUUACUGCAAGCUUUAACUUCCACCUCUGACGACAAGAUCUCUGAACACAACACCAAGCAAAGCUCUGAGGUAAACGGAGUCAGCACAGGUUUUGAGAUGAAUGGCCACCGCAGCAACUAUGACUCAUCUGGUCCCGAGCCACACAUCACUCCAGAACCCAAACUGCCCUCACCCACUUCCCUCCAGCAAGGCUUCAACGGCCUGCACCUCUCUGCAGAGAGGAUCAUGGACACUAACCGGCUUAAACGCUCCUUCUCUUUGGACAUUAAGUCAGUCUACUCCCCUAACAGCCCCCGCUGCCCAAUAAUGGCGCCCACACACUCUGAAGACGUCCCCAAGCUGUGCAAGCUUGACAGCCCAGGAACUGGCACCUCCAAUGGUGUUUGCUCCCAGUCCCCCAUCUCAGACAGCUCCAGUCCAUCAGAUUCACCGUUUCCCUCACCAGGCUGCGGGGGCAGCAUUGGAGGUUUGGGAGGAAGUGAAGCAGUCCAUCGUUCUAGUUCUUCCUCCUCCAGACCCAGGAGGAAACCCAAGCACUCCUCUAAUAGUUCCCCAAUCCACGUCCAACCACACCAACCUCCGCAGUCCCUCAGCCUGUCGUUGGACCACAAGAGCCCCAGCAUGGAUGAGAACCUGAAGGGCUCCCUGCUUCUGUCGCUCCCCUCCCAGCCUACUGUAGGGUCCGGGGCCAUGUGGACCAAACACAGAGACACUGUCCAGGCCACCACGCCCGUCACUCCUGUCACCCCUACCACAGAUGCCCCCUGGCAUUUUGGGGCAGAGGAAGGUGGGGAGAGAGACAUGGAGCUUGGAGGAGGAGGGGGAGGAGGAGGAGAAGAGUCAUCUGUGAGGUUUGGGAGCAGCUCAGCGUAUGUGGCGUUUGGAUGCAGUGAAGGUGUGCGGUUACGAGAAAAAACCCAACGGGAGAAGCCCUCUGUGCCGCAGACGCAGAGAGAUCACCAGGAGUCAAAGUCUUCAUCUAACAGUAAGAACAACAGCGGGGUGGCAUCAGAAAAGCAGUUCAAGAGGCGCAGCUGUCAGAUGGAGUUUGAGGAGGGUAUCUCUGAGACACGCUCCCGAGAAGAAUUAGGAAAAAUUGGGAAACAGUCGAGUUUCUCUGGAAGCAUGGAAAUCAUCGAGGUAUCCUGACAGAUAAUGGACAUGACUGGAGCCGUCCCUUAGUGGCUAAAUGGACCUUGUUAGAGGGAGCACAAGAUGAGGCUGGGAACAGAAAAGGCUUUUUUGUGCUCCCUUCACAGACAGUGUUAAAGACUCUGACAGAGAGAAGGACAAAUAGAAGCAGAGAGCUAAUGUGUAAGCUUAGCAUGUGAGCUAGCUUUUACAACUGGACAGACAGAACCUGUGAUGUGGCUCCAAGCAAGCCUGAACCAUCCUGAACUGACGCACAUACCAGAAGGAAAGUUUGAGAAGUUUGGGGUGAAGGGGUUGGCUGAAGGUACUGAAACUGUUAAAUUCUCUGUCGCAGAUAAAAAGAAACAACCCAGAGAAAGUGUCAUGCUGCAUCCUUACUAUAUAAAAUAUCCUUAUUUUGACAGAGUUUGGACAGUGCUUGCCUGCAGUCAAACGUGGUGUGCUUCAGUGGGUGUACAGCUUGUGAUUUGAACCAAGCCCCCUCCCUUCAUGUGUCAGAAAGCCUCAAACCUCGCACGGCUAACUCUGCACCCCCCCUCAUCUUCCCAGUGCCACUGACUGUGCAUCAACAACAAAAACAGACUCCAUAACAGCACCGUCUCCUCACAUCCCCGCAGCACAAGGCAGAGAGAUCCCAGGACUAAAAUUGAAAGGCGGUACUGUGUCAAACUAUGAAGGAUCCUCAGCAGUUUGUUGCUGAAAAGACUCUUAGCAAUGGGCAGUGCCCCCUCCCAUAAAGCACAUCGUUUCUCUCCUGACUUUAGCUCCCUUGUUUCCAGUGUUAACAGUGUAAUGGGACUGAGGUUUAAUGAGAUCCCCUGAACCCCUCCCACUGCUCCCAGUCACCACGUAUGGUCACCACUGAGCAUGUACCAGAAAGGCUGGCUACAGACAGACAAAUACUAUAUAUACAAUAUGAAUAUAUAUAGCAAUUUUAAUGGACUCCUAAUGGACUGUUUUUUGUUCAGUUAUAGUUUUAAUUUAUUGUAUUGGUUCAUUCUGGUAAUGAGAAAUAAUAUAAUGUUUUGUGGAUUUAUUUCUUUUCUCUUUUGUUGAAUUAUUAUUGUAAUUAUUAUUAUUUGCUGUAUGGUAUUUAUGAACACACACAAACAAAUACACACAUUCAACAAAUUCAAGCAAGCAAUAUGUGCUGUUCCUUCUUUGGCGAGAGUGAAGAAUAACUUUGAAUUAAAUGCACUUUCCUUCCUUCUGAUAACCAACUGGUGACAUGAUAUCCGAAGAGAUGACUUCUUAGUGUCUUACAUAGGAAUAUAAAGCUUCUAUUUGUAUUUGGAGGACGCUACAGAAACAAGCUAAUGAGAUCUAUAGAAACAGAAUCUCUGUUUCGGCUCAUUGGCAGUGUGUAAUCAUGGAUUUAUCACAAUUGUGGACUAAAAAAGUUGGUUUAGUAUCCACACACAUAUAUGCUAAUUACUAAUAUACAGUAGAAGAUCAUCUGCCUGUUUCACGAGCUUGCAUAUUGAUGCCAAUAUGCAAGACGUAGGCUCCUUUAUGCAUUUGAGAUUUAUAGACAGAACCAAGUGUCCUCUCCAAGCCAGCUCCAUUAUCAUCCCGGACUCGCCAAAGCUGAAACAAACCAACACACACACACACACCCCUUAUACUAAAUGCACUUACACUUAUUUUCAUACAUAUAAAACUCUGGCAUGACACACAUCCUUUUGUUCAUUCUCAGGGGAUCUUUCAGUGAGCCAAGCCCGGCACAGGGUACACCGCUGCUGGCACAUCAGCACAAUGCAUGUCCCAAAAGCUCCCUUGCUUUCUUGCUUUGUCUUCGUUUUAUUUUGUUCGUUUUUUUAUUAUUAUUAGUUUUGCUCUUAUUUCUGAUUUUCCAAAGCAUUGAUACAAACAGCAUAACACAGUGGAAAGAUACAAAAAAGAGGAUCUCCAAAUCUUGAGGUGAAAGAAAUGAAAACUUUGCUCUCCUGGUGCGAGAUGGUUAUUUAUUUAUAAUGUAAAAAAUGUGUUUUAUUUUUCCUUUGACCUUCGAUUAGCUUUUCUCUGACCUUUGACCCUGAGCUGCUGCAACUACAGUAAGUUCAGAUAGAUAUCCUCCCUCCAGAGGCUCAAGCAUCCUCUACUCUCAUCCCUUACUCCCUGUAUUUUUAAGAAAUGUUGUUAGAAUUAUUUAUGACAUGUAACAAAAAUGAUGCAGGCUGUCCCAUUUGCUAAAUUGUUGUUAUUGAAUUAUCAUUAUUAUUAUAUUAUUAUUAUUAUUAUUAUUAUUAUGAUCAUGUUGUGUAAAUAGCAACGCAUCUAAGAACACUGAUGAAUUUAGAUGAGUUUUUAAAAGAACAUCCUGAUACCUUAGGCUGCUUGACGCAAAAAUACCUCAGGUUCUAUUGAAAGGCUUUUCCUUCCCCUGUACAUGUUUUGUGAAAAUGAGACGAAAAUACAGACAUGACGAAAUACAA